AUGGGUACUUGUCCUUCGGCGAAAUUCCCUGGAUCCAAUCCUAAAAAGAUCCCUUCAUUUUAUUACCUAGACAGAAAGCGGCAAAAGAUUUACUUCAUUGAGCCUGGAAAAGUCACUUCCUCCCAAUUCCAAUCAUCCAUGGUUUUUCCUUAUGACGCUGCAAUUGCCUAUAUCCAAGACUCUUGCAUACUUAUAGCUGGCGGCACAUAUCUAGGCCAACUUAUAAGCAGAGUAACUUUAAUUGACCCCAAAAAUAAAAAAGUCCGUUUUCUUUCCUCACUUCCAACCCCAGCCAAAGAAGGAAGACUUUUUGAAUAUCAAAAUUGAAUAUAUUAUGUAGGAGCUGUUUCAAAAGCAAUUUUACAUCCAAGAUCAUCCCAAGAGGAGCCUGCUCCUCCGUGACCCCUCACUGAGACUAAUUCUUUCAGACUAAUAUUUUUUCGCCUAUUUUUUUUUUUGCCUAUUUUUUUUUUAGCCUAUUUUUUUUUUAGCCUAAUUUUUUUUUGGCCUAAUAUUUUUGUGCCUAAUAUUUUUUGGCCUAAUUUUUUUUGCCUAAUUUUUUUUGGCCUAUUUUUUUUGGCCUAAUUUUUUUUUGGCCUAAUUUUUUGGCCUAAUUUUUUUUGGCCUAAUUUUUUUUGGCCUAAUUUUUUUUGGCCUAAUUUUUUUUGGCCUAAUUUUUUUUGGCCUAAUUUUUUUGGCCUAAUUUUUUUGGCCUAAUUUUUUUUGGCCUAAUUUUUUUGGCCUAAUUUUUUUGGCCUAAUUUGUUUGGCCUAAUUUUUUUUGGCCUAAUUUUUUGGGAUAAAAUUUCUCUAUCCAACUCCUCAAUGCUCUAUAAUAUAAUACUUUCAAGUUAUUUAUGCGGAUGUGAGAUAGAUUCUAACUUUAAUACUCCUUCUUAUAUUAAACUUAAUAUUUUGAUGAGUAAAUAUAAGCAUAUCUCUGAGCUCAUUUUCCUGUUUUCCUCAUAUUUUAAGCUUACUCCCCCCCCCCAUCCUUGAUCGAACGAUUGACUGUAAAAAUUCCUAAAAUUUAGGGAAAAUUAACCCCCAUCCUUGAUCGAACGAUUUUCAUAUCAUGCAAAUUUUUAUAUAUAUAAAAAUAUAUUAGCUAUCAAAAACUUGGGAAGAUGUAUCUAAUGAAGUUGCUUUGAGAGUUUUGAGACAACAGAAAGCUGCGAAAUCAACCAUUCGAAGUGAUUUAACCAUCGGCCUCGGCUUAAAAGCUCAAUAAUCUAUAAAAUAGAGAUUCUUUACUCCCCCCUUUAAAUUGGAACUAAAAAUUUUGUUCUAUUUUUUUUUUUUAAAAAAAAUAUCAAUAUAAAAUUUUUUAUAAAAUAUAUAAAAAUUUAAAAAAAAAAUUUCAAAAACUUAUCGAAUUAGAUUAAUAAAUUUGUUUAAUAAAAUGCUAUUUACUCUUUAUCCUUUAAAACAAAGCAAGAUAUAACUAAAUUUUCAUUAUUAGUUAAUGCGCCACUCAAAAAAAAUUAGGCCCAAAAUAUUAGGCCAAAAAAAAAAUUAGGCCAAAAAAAUUAGCCCAAAAAAAAUUAGGCCAAAAAAAAUAGGCCAAAAAAAAUUAGGCCAAAAAAAAUUAGGCCAAAAAAAAAUUAGGCCAAAAAAAUUAGUCCAAAAAAAUUAGGCCCAAAAAAAUUAGGCCAAAAAAAAUUAGGCCAAAAAAAUUAGCCAAAAAAAAUUAGGCCAAAAAAAUUAGGCCAAAAAAAAAUUAGGCCAAAAAAAUUAGGCCAAAAAAAAUUAGGCCAAAAAAAUUAGGCCAAAAAAAAUUAGGCAAAAAAAAUUAGGCUAAAAAAAAUUAGGCCCCAAAAAAAUUAGGCUAAAAAAAAUUAGGCCAAAAAAAAUUAGGCCAAAAAAAAUUAGGCCAAAAAAAAAUAGGCCAAAAAAAAAUUAGUCCAAAAGAAUUUGACCCAGAGAGGAGGAACCUGCUCCUCUUAUGAGAUAUGAUGUUAAAAAAAAUAGAUGGGAAUAUUUUACAAAUUCAAAAACUGAAGAGUUAAUAAAAAGAAAUGUUCAAGGUAAAUCUGAAGAAGAUAUUGAAGAAAUCAAAGCUCUUGAAUUCAAUUUAAAACACCUUACUUUAAGAGAUUUAUUAUUACCUGGAUCAUUUAUGAUUGCUGAAAAGAUUUAUUUUGUGGGUGGAUUUAUUAUGGACGACCUUGGAAGAUUGGUACAAAAUAAUCAAGUUUUUUCUCUGAAUUUAAAAGAUAGGCUUCAAUUCAAAGCUGAGCCAUUUCAGCUACCGUUUUAUGUGUUAAGGCCGAUUUGUUCAUCAGGAAGUAAACAUGUAAUUAUUACUGGUGGAGUAAAUCCAUCAUCAGGACGUCCGAAUGAAUGCAGCUGCAUUUUAACUAUAACUGACUCGGUAUUUAAAUUUACCCCUUUAGAUAUACCUGUUUGCCAAGAAUAGCCACUAAGGAACAUUUUAGGUUCGCCAUUGUUAAAUUUGGUUAGCCAGAAAAUAUGCAUGCUAACGAAUUUGGCAAGCCAGCUAUUGCCUAGCCAACCAAAAAAAUUUUGUAGUGGCCUAUUUUUUGGUAAAUAAGUAUAUAUUAGAAGUAACUUUUUAUGAAACUUGUUGUCCAAUUUACCAAGACUAUUGUGUCUUUUUCCCUAGAUACCCAAAAGUUCCUGUACGAGGUAAAAAAUGCAAAGAAUGAAAAUUAUUUGACAUAAGAAAAGAAAGAAAAAAAAAGUUCAUAGAAACAAAAGGAUUCAUCAAAAAGGAAAACGAUUUUGGAGAAGCAGAAAUUCCACCAAUAAAAAGAAUAAGAAAAAUGAUAAUAAAUUUUGAUAUUUGUGUUCAUAAAGAAGAAAGAAUUGAGUCUAUUAAAAAAGUAGCAGAGCUUGAUGAAGAAGAAAUUGAUAUUUAUUUUGAAGAGUCUGAAGAAGAUGGAGAUUCUGAAAUCCCUGACGAUCAGCUGUCAGGGGUCAGCGAAGGAAUUAUUAUUGAAAAAGGUGCUGAGGUGAAAAAAAUAAAAAGAAAAUACUAUUUUGAUUCUGAAAAAAGCCUGACAAGUCCGAAGUCAAAUACAGAUUUUGAGUUUUUAAUUACACAACGUGCAAAUAAACUGUAUGAGGAAGAAGAAAUUGAUAAUAGUUUUGAAAAGUCGAGCGAUUCUCAAAUCCCUGACGAUAGGUUAUCGCAGAUAAGUGAAGGAAUUAUUGAGGAAAAACGUGAUGAAAUAAAAAAAAUAUAUAGAAAAUACUCUUUUGACUCACAACAAAGCAAGAAAUCAGCUGCAGAUUUUCAAUUUAUUGAUGCACACAAUAGUAAACUAUGUGAUGAAGAUUCUGACCCAGGAAGCAUAAGUGAGCUAUCUCAAGUCAGCGAAGGAGUUAUGUCAAAUAAAAAUGAGAUGAUAAGAAUGAUAAAUAAAAAAAAAUCUGCUGAUAGGACUAUAUGGAGCUCAACGGGGUCAAUAAAUAUAGGUGAAGUAGAUAUAGCAAUUGCCCGAGGAUGGCGCUAUCUUGCGCCAUCCUCGGGCAAUUCAAAAAUGGCCCCACACCGGGAAUCGAACCCACGUGUGGGGCCAUUUUUGGUGUGUGGCCAACAUCGACUUACACGCACCAAAAAUGCCCCACACGUGGGUUCGAUUCCCAGUGUGGGGCCAUUUUUUGAAUUGCCCUAGGAUGGAGCAAGAUAACGCCAUCCUCGGGCAAUUCCUAUAGCUUAAUUCAGCCAAUGAAGGGUAGAGUAAACGAUAUGGAUGCAAGGUUAAGGAGUCAAAUUGGUAUUGAAGAUGCAUUAGAAAUAGAAAACAGCUCUAUUGAUUUGAAAAACUAUGAGACUCCAGAUACAAAAAGUAAAGACAGCUCGAUCCCAUAA